GGUGGUCGUACAGGGGCCAGGUCGGCCAUUAUUUUUCGCGUCUAUAUCCACGAGUUAUAGUAAUAUAGUUUCAACUGCGCGCGUUACUCAAUUAUUAAAUAACACCCAUUAAUAUUAUCUUUGAAUAAUAAUUAUUUACUGUACUGUUAAUUUAAAACCGACAUGAUAAAUAACAAAUAAAUAUAAUUGCUUUUAAAUUUAAAAUCGCUACGUGCUAAGAGCUAGAUGAUAUCGGUAAGAUUAUCACUAACAUUUUAAUUAAUUUGAUGAUGGAAACACACGAGUACUGUUUACGCCCAUUUCACAUACACUUACAAAAUGCGGAAGAGAAGCAAAAGAUCAAGCAGUGGCCAGUCAACCCGGUGCUAAUUUUUAAAAUAAAUUUAUUUUAUUGAAAGUGAUAAAGGAAGCUGCGAUUGAUGAUUGAUCAUUGAUCAGUUAAGGGACGACGUUUGUUUUUAAACCAAUAAAAAGCUUACUAAUAGUUGGGGGUUACGCGUUUUGGACGCGGUGCCCAGAACGGGCGCAGAUGGGAGCUGGUUUUAUAAAUUUAAAGUGGGUGGUACAACCCACAGUUAAAUAUUUAAUAUCAACGGUACCUAAAGUAUUAACGUUUGUUAAUAAUAAAAAUCUAGACCACCGAGUCUUUGGUAUCAUAAGUUGUACUGAAUUGUUUAAACUCAAUCAAGCUGGAAUUGAUGGAGUUGGAGAAUAUCGUAGCCAAUACCGUUUAUCUCAAAGCACGAGAAGGCGGUGGUGACAGUAAUAAAGGUAAAAGUAAAAAAUGGCGAAAGAUACUCCAGUUUCCCCACAUAUCUCAAUGUAUUUAUUUACGAGAUAAACUUGAUAUAAAGUUUAGCUAUGUUGUGGAUCAACAACCAAUAGGGCGACUGCUUUUCAGGCAAUUUUGCCAAGAUCUAAAACCUAUUUAUCAUCGUUACAAUCUCUUACUAGAUGCCAUUGAAAAAUAUGAAAUUGAAAUAGAUGAAAAUCGCACGGAAUUAGCCAAAGAUCUGUAUGAACAGUAUUUGAAGCAUGAAGCUUCGGAGGUAUCGGGUAUUUUGAAUGAUUCGGUUAUAUCCCAGUGCGAGGAACGUCUAAGUUCUGGGGGUAAAGAUUUAUUUGUUCAAGUAUCUUCAACAGUUAAAAAUUAUCUUGCCGGUGAACCUUUUUCGCAAUUUCUCACGAGUUUCUACUUCUAUAGGUACCUACAAUGGAAGUGGUUAGAAGCCCAGCCAGUAACUUACAAAACUUUCCGAAUGUACAGAGUGCUAGGAAAAGGUGGAUUUGGAGAAGUAUGUGCUUGUCAAGUACGAGCAACUGGAAAAAUGUACGCAUGCAAAAAAUUAGAAAAAAAACGCAUAAAAAAACGCAGAGGCGAGUCCAUGGUGUUGAUAGAAAAAAACAUAUUACAAAAAAUAAAUUCAAAGUUUGUAGUGUCACUGGCGUACGCAUACGAAACAAAAGAUGCACUCUGUCUUGUAUUAACAAUAAUGAAUGGCGGUGAUCUUAAAUUUCAUAUAUACAAUAUGGGUGGUGAUCCGGGUUUCGAUAUAAAUAGAGCGAGAUUUUAUGCCGCUGAAGUGGUUUGUGGUCUUGAGCAUCUCCAUCUUCAGGGCAUUGUUUACCGUGAUUGUAAACCCGAGAACAUUCUUCUCGAUGACCAUGGACACGUGAGGAUAUCGGAUCUGGGAUUGGCGGUUGAAAUAUCUGAAGGUGAUAUGGUGCGCGGUCGAGUGGGUACUGUUGGUUAUAUGGCGCCAGAAGUUAUUGACAAUGAAAAGUACACCUUUUCACCUGACUGGUUCAGCUUCGGUUGUCUUGUUUACGAGAUGAUCGAAGGUCAAGCACCUUUUAGAGCUCGAAAAGAAAAAGUUAAACGUGAAGAAGUUGAUCGACGUGUAAAAGAAGAUCAAGAAAAAUACUCGCACAAAUUUACAGAUGAUGCUAAAAAUUUGUGCCAACAAUUGUUGAAAAAAAGUCCAAAGACUCGGUUGGGAUGCAAAUGCGGUAGAUAUGGUGCGAAGGAAGUUAAACUUGAUAGCUUUUUUCAGUGUUUGAAUUGGAAAAGAGUUGAGGCUGGUAUGUGGGAACCACCGUUUGUACCGGAUCCUCAUGCAGUUUACGCUAAAGAUGUAUUGGAUAUUGAACAGUUUUCAACUGUGAAAGGCGUUAAUUUAGAUGCAACAGAUGAUACAUUUUACAGUCAAUUUAAUACUGGUAGUGUUUCAAUACCAUGGCAAAAUGAGAUGAUUGAGACUGAAUGCUACAAAGAGCUUAAUGUACUCGGGCCAAAUUGUACACCGACGCCAGAUUUAUUAAUAAAUAAUCCACUUACAAAUAAUGACAGCCAUGGGUGCUUUCCCUUUAGAAGAAAAAAAAAACAAAAUGCAAGAACAAGACAGAUACCAAUAUCCGAUGGACAUUUACUUGAAUUAUCCCAGAGUCAAGGAUCUGAAUUACCAGCUAGCUGAUAAUCGUAAAUUUUAUAACUAUUUAAUAUAAAUAAGCACAAAAUUAUUAUUUUAAAUUAACGCACUUUUUCUAUACUGUAAAAGUUUUAUUUAUUUAGCUGUUUACUUGCUAAAUUUAUUCAAAAAUAUUUUAUUUAACUCGAUAUUUACUAAUAAUUAUAUUAUUAAUAGUAAUCAAUAAUAAUAAUAUUAAUAAAAUUAAUUAUUGGUAAUAUUAACAAUAAUAAUAAUAAUACAAAUUAUAAAUACAAAUAUAUUAAUACCAAAUAAAUAUGUCCCGGCUAAAUCGCACAUUUAUAAUCGAUAAAUAAAACGUGUUUAAUAUUUAAAUUAUUAUAAAUUUAAAAUUAUAACGCACGAUAUUCUCACGUUCAUUUAUAAAUAACAGUAAAAAUUAAUAAAACAAAUAAUUACUACACGGAAAAAAAAUAAAUAGUACAGGUUACUGUUCUGUGCAGUAAUCGACAAUAAUUAUAGAGAAAAAUACAUUUUAAUAUGACUGAUUGAUAUUAGAACAGGAGUAAGUAAUUGCUCAACACAUACUAUUACUUUUUAAACAGUAGCCAGUGAUGUGCUACACAGUACAUGAAAUAUAUGACUCGUUACUGUUAAAAUAGUCGUCGUUCAUAGUUCAAAAGUAUACAAACCUCUCAGUACAGCUUUUGUUGCUGUAUAGAAUACGAGAGCUUACUAUUUAGUGACAGGAAUGAUUACUAAGAUCUCGUAGUUCUCAUUAACCUCCAGAAUAGUACUCAGUCCUGUUCUGACAUUAACUAUUAUUAAAUUCAUAUGUGUCUCUAGUGUCAAGAAUAUCAAAGACACAUAUUAAGUUAGUAACUGUUCAUAUCAGAACAGGACUGAGUAUGUACCUGAAGAUCGUAACGUUUUUCGUGGAACGAAAAUAAAAAAACAUAACAGGGGUUAUCAGAUAUUUUCGGCUGAGUUUUUUUCAGAAACAAAA